CCCUCUCUCUCUCGUUCUCUCUCUCUCUCUCUCUCGCUCUCUGAAUAUUCACCACUAGCUCUUGUUUAUUUAUGAAUGGGCUAUGAACAGAACUGUUUCCUCCUUUCUCCAUUCUUUGAUUUGAAGAAGGACCAUUGAUUCUCUGUCGUCGUAUAGUGUGUUUCUGUGUUCCCUCUUCAAAGCUGUCCUCCUCCUGGCCUCAUUCAGUUACUCUGGCUCGGCUUGUUUGUUGUCUGGGGUAACGCUGUUGCUGGGGACGAUGUCAGAACACAUUCAGCUCUCAGUAGCCCUGUGUAGGAUUGGCUUUUACACGUGUCUCCAGAAGUUAUGCUGUAAGGCCCCCCCUCCACCGAGACCUGAGUACGACGUGGUGUGCAUUGGACUGAGCGGUGCCGGAAAGACAAGUCUGCUCUCUCGUUUGUGCAAUGAGAUCAGUGAUGGCACGGUACCAACCACAGGAGCUGAAACUAUCAAGAAGUACUGGAGCCGAUAUUAUCAAGGUUCCCAAGGAGUAGUGUUUGUCCUCAACAGUGCCGCGUCAGAUGAAGAGAUGGAGGCAUCCCGGUCUGAGCUCCACCUGGCCUUACAGCAUCCUCAGCUGUGCACCCUUCCUUUCCUCGUCCUCGCCAACCACCAGGAUUCACCAGCUGCCCGUUCUGUAUCAGAGAUACGAAAGUUCUUUGAAUUGGAGCCGCUGGCCCGAGGGAAGAGAUGGAUUCUUGCUGGCACCUCAACCAAUAACAUGGAGGACGUGAAAGAGAGCUUCAGUCAACUCAUCAGCCUUUUGGAGGAGAAGGAGGUGCUACCUAGCAGGAUAUGAUUCAGUCAAACUUCAAAGUGGAAAGUGGGUUUGAAGUGUUGUUUGCUUGAACGUUUUUUUUUAUUAUUUUUGCUCUCCUCCUUGGUUGUUGUUUUAUAACCCACUGGAGACAUGGAUGCAAACAGCCACAUGUUUUGAUGAGCUGACUGACAUGUUUGUUAUCCUCAGGUCAAGGGCCACACAUAUGCUGGUUUAGUAGCAGGUGAAACAAAAUCCUCUAAAGCGAUUAGGAUUUUACUGUUAUUUGUAAAAGAAUUAAGUCAUUUGAUAAAAUAAACUUGUUUAUUAGUUGUU